GUCAUUUGUGCAAGCAGAAAAAUGUCAUAUUUUGAGAAGAUCUACCGGUGCUUUAGGGGUCCAAAAUUAUUUCGGAGACAUAGAGAUGAAGACAGACCGAAAUAUGAAGACCGACAGGCCAAAAUCUACACCCCAAACAUAAUGGAAGCAACGGGAAACAAGUUCAUCAGUGUGCUGAGAUUCUGCUUUUCAUUUUCCUAUUGGACAUCUCCUGUGGUGCUGUCCUUGCUGUACCGAAGAGGUUACUGCUCUGUGGAUGGUGUGAUAAGCCUUGGCAAGUUGGGCAUAUCAUUAAGUGUCAUCUAUUUGGUGGCUUGGCUGUUAAGAGGAAAAGGCCGAUGGGACAACUGGGACUAUAUUAUGUUUUUGGAUGUUCUAAUGAAGGCCCAGAAGUCACAAGAAUAUCGGAAACAGCUGUCUAAAUUUGAUUUUGAAUUUUGGGCCUGGCCAGUAGACUAUAGUGUUGGAGCAUCACGAAAGGACAAGAAUACUACUCCAAAAUCACCAUCACCAGCUGUGGGAUCGAUCUCCAAGGCCCCACUCUCAAUACUGAGUUACAUGUGUGCCCAUACAUUUGGUCGGCGUAUGAUGUACCCAGGCUCAACAGCACUUAUCAACACUCUACUAGAAAGCAUGCUGAUCCAGGAAAGAGGAAGGCUGGUGGAUGAAUGCAAAGGUAGGAGAGUUAAGGUUCAGACAGAGGAUAAAAAUGAGAUAGACACAAUGUUUAUAGACCGUAGACCACAGGGACAAACACCAGGACAGAAGGGAAACAUACUGGUGAUAACUUGUGAAGGAAAUUCGGGGUUCUAUGAGAUUGGCUGUACAAAGACCCCACUUGAUGCUGGUUACUCAGUCCUGGGCUGGAACCAUCCUGGCUUCGCUGGUAGUUCUGGUUCCCCUACACCUGACCAGGACCAGUUAGCAAUGGACGCUGUGAUGCAGUAUGCAAUUAACAAACUGAACUUCCCCCCUGAAAACAUCUGGCUGUUUGCCUGGUCCAUUGGUGGCUACCCAGCCUCCUGGGCUGCGAAGACUUAUCCUACAAUCAAAUGUGUUACACUGGAUGCCACCUUUGAUCAUGUGGAGCCUUUAGCUGUUGCAAGGAUGCCUCAGUUUGCCAGAGGACUAGUUUCCCAUGCCAUAAGAACCUACCUGAAUCUGAAUAAUCUAGAACAGAUUAGUGAGUAUCCAGGUCCUGUUAUGUUUGUCAGGAGAACUCAAGAUGAAAUGAUAACAACCCGUCCACUAGAAAUAGGGGAAACUCCAAUGAUGGCCCUACCUAGCAACAGAGGAAAUGACUUAUUAAUAGGAUUUCUAAAGCAUAGGUACCCAAAUAUUGUAGACAGUACAACUAUACGAACCCUGGAAAGAUGGUUAGCUGAGAAAACAGAGGGUCAAUAUGUAAUUUACACAGACCAUGGUGUAAAUGAUAAGGAGUGCAACCUUAAACUGAAACAUCACUUUGACUUUGUUUCUGAUACAUUCCCAUCUCAAAUUGGAGCUGACUAUUCAGAAGAUUACAAAAAGAAAAUGGCUUUAUAUCUGGCAAGCAAACACCUUAAGAACUUUGAUACAACCCACUGUACACCACUCCCCCAUGACAGAUUUGAGGAGCCAUGGCGAGCAGGAACACAAGACACGCAGUCAAGGUGACCUUCAAAACUCUAGAGGCAUCAUUCAUUAUAACAUGAAGGAGUGAAGCUGAUUAGAAAAAAUGUUUGAUUACUUGUAAACAGAGAUCCAGCACGUCAGUGGUUACUACAAUAAAGACUUCCUUAAGUAAUAUUUAAGUAUUCAUUUUUCCAGGAAGAACAUUAUGAUUGUUGUAUGUACAAACUUUUCAUAGUUUAGGAGUUAAGUUCAGAUUUGAAAUUAGAAUAUUUCACUAACAUGUGUAACUUUAGAAAAAAAGGUAAAAAGAUCUGCUAUUUCAGCUUAGUUUACCUAUCUGCUUAUUUUAUUAGGGUUUAUGCAUUACUGCUGAUGAAAAACCUGCUGUCAUUUUUCAUUUAUAUAAUUAUUUAUUUAUAAUUUCCAGCAAUAAGAAAAACAUGUUUUCAAUGAUUAAUAACACAGAACCUAACACACCACUUGGUAUGUUCAAUAUAACAGAUACAUGUAUUUUAGUAUGUCAUGAAUGAGUUGUGUGCCAGUAAACAAAAUUUUGACAGUUGGAUUUGCUGAUCAAUACAAAUUAUCCAUGGAAGAUUUUCAAAUAUUUCAAUGUUUUAAGACUGACUUUAUUUCUAUACUGAAAAGAUCCCAUUUUGUAUGUGCAUGUGUUUAAUUGUUGUUCAGUGAAUAAAAGGACUUGUUAUGUGAGCAAUGUAUGUAAGUCUCCCUAAGAUAUUGAUGCUUUAUUAUUGAAUGUACAUAUCAAAAAAUGUCAUUGGUUAAAAACACUUAAUUCAAAGUUGAUUAUGAAAACAAAAUCAUGGUCACUUCCCUACAAGUGAGAGAUACAGUUGUAUUUUGCACACAUUGGAUUGCAAACAACUGAAUUGGUAUGUCUGUAAACAUCAGAACCAUGAACAGUAAAAUUUCACUUUGACUGUAAACAUUGUAAGGAAUUUCUCUUACGGCAAAUGUCAUGUCUCAAGAAAUAACCGAAUUUAACGGUUUUCAAAUAAGGUGAAAAAGCAAUUGAAUUUUGAUAUUGUCAAGCUGUAAGUUCAGAAACAAGAAAUUAUCAAUAUCUGAAUAAAAUGUGUUUAGAAAGAACAGAAUUUAAGUCUGAAGAAUGUGGAGACAUGCUGAUUUUUUCAUUAAUGUGAAAUGAUGCAACAUAAUGUUUUUUGUUUUUAUCAGUGUUUUGAUUAUUUGGUCCUAGCUGUUACACCAAGCUCUCACUGGUUUUGGUAUUGACCAGUGUGUAAGGAUACCUGUAGCUAGUUUUUGAUAAAAUUUUGUUUUGUUUACCAUUAAACCCCCCACCCCAAGCAAUGCAAACAAUAUAUAUAUUCCAUUGCAAAAAUUGCAUAUCAAAUGACUUGGACUUUGCAGGCUAACAAUGCAAUAAUAAAUUCUUCGUUAACAUCAGUGUUGAGCCAAAUUCCAUACUGUUUACAGGCAAAUCACAAAGUUGAGGUAAGGUUCUACCCAAAAAAGGACACCUUAACCUUUGUUUAUAGAUAGUAAAUUUCAACUACAAUGUACAAUGUUUCAUUAAUUGCACUGAAUCAGAAAUGUGAAUGAGUGUUUUAUACUCAUUGUUGUGUUCAGUUUUUCACUUUGUCAGUUUAAGUGCUGACAUAUAUCUUGAUGAAAUCUAAAUUGUCUACUGUAGUAACAUCCCCAUCCAGGGUCAUUGUCACUGAUAUUAUUAAAACACAAAGUCUAAUUUUGCAAUGUCAUAUUUUUUGUAUUUCUGUUCAGCUUCAAUGCAUGUACUGUGAUGUUAAUAGUACCUGUCAUAAGGUAAAUAGUAAGAUAAGAAUGACUAAGUACAGUUAUGUGGGGUUUCCCUUUGUUCAUAUCAGUUUUGCUGAUAGCUCAUUUGAUAUUGAUCAAAUUUUGUCCUACCUUACUGUUGAUAUACUCAUGAUUCCUGGAUCAAACAUUUGUACAAAACACAUUCACAAUGAUGGACUGACACCGAGGUAUUGUAUAACUAAGACAAUUUCUGGAAGUUUUUCUCUGACUUCAUUCAUUUUAAUCAAUUAUGAACCAAAUUUUUUAUUCAUAUACGUGUAAAUCACUUUUGUUCACUCACAAAAUCUGAAGUUUAUACACACUGGAUACACUUUUCAGCACCUUUAGAAUUGGUGAUGUUAGGCUCAGUAAUCUUUGAUAACACAAAGAGCUGAAAUGUCCGAGAACUGCGUGGUAAUUAUAUAUAAUAUGAUGUCAUUGAUGAAGAAAAAGGAAUUACACUGCAGCAAUAUUGGUAAGAUUAGCUGGUCUUGUAUAUAAUAUGUACAAAUUAGUCUUCUUCUGACCAUUAGAGACUCAAGUGGUGCAGAUAUUAUAUAAACAUUAGCAGGAGAUUACAUCCAAGAGGGAUGUGUUACUUCAGUUAAUGAAAUAGCCAAUGUGUCAUUAUUACACUGUCAAGAAGUAUAGUGAGAUUGGACUCUACAGAUGUUUGUCAUGCCUGCCUAUCUGUUGUGUUACUUCCAUGUAAUAUAACUUGGUUCAUAGUAUCUGUGGACUGCUUUGAUGCCCUGUACACUGCUGCUGUGUAUGAUGCCCUGUACACUGCUGUUGUUGUGUACAAUGCCCUGUACACUGCUGUUGUGUACGAUGCCCUGUACACUGCUGUUGUGUACGAUGCCCUGUACACUGCUGUUGUGUAUGAUGCCCUGUUCACUGCUGCUGUUGUGUAUGAUGCCCUGUAUACUGCUGUUGUGUAUGAUGCCCUGUACACUACUGUUGUUUUGUACGAUGCCCUGUACACUGCUGCUAUGUAUGCCCUGUACACUGCUGUUGUUGUGUAUGAUGCCCUGUACACUGCUGUUGUUGUGUACGAUGCCCUGUACACUGCUGUUGUGUACGAUGCCCUGUUCACUGCUGCUGUUGUGUACGAUGCCCUGUACACUGCUGCUGUUGUUUACGAUGCCCUGUACACUGCUGCUAUGUAUGAUGCCCUGUACACUGUUGUGUACGAUGCCCUGUACACUGCUGUUGUUGUGUACAAUGCCCUGUACACUGCUGUUGUGUAUGAUGCCCUGAACACUGCUGUUGUUGUGUAUGAUGCCCUGUACACUGCUGCUGUGUAUGAUGCCCUGUACACUGCUGUUGUUGUGUAUGAUGCCCUGUACACUGCUGUUGUGUAUGAUGCCCUGUACACUGCUGUUGUUGUGUAUGAUGCCCUGAACACUGCUGUUGUUGUGUACAGUGCCCUGUACACUGCUGCUGUGUAUGAUGCCCUGUACACUGCUGUUGUUGUGUAUGAUGCCCUGUACACUGCUGUUGUGUAUGAUGCCUUGUACACCACUGUUGUUGUGUAUGAUGCCCUGUACACUGCUGCUAUGUAUGAUGCCCUGUACACUGCUGUUGUGUAUGAUGCCCUGUACACUGCUGCUAUGUAUGAUGCCCUGUACACUGCUGUUGUUGUGUAUGAUGCCCUGAACACUGCUGUUGUUGUGUAUGAUGCCCUGAACACUGCUGUUGUUGUGUAUGAUGCCCUUAACACUGCUGUUGUUGUGAAGAUAUUUACAUGUUACUGCUUUUAGCACUAAAUCAUCUAAUUUUGAUGUCUAUUUCAAUUUUUAUGUUCCUGUAAGGAAAAUCAUGAUCGAAAUAUAAAAUAAACAAAUUUCACUUGA